ACACAGCAUCGCAGCAGCGGCGGGGGCGGUAGGCAACAGCAGCGGGAGCGAAAAAUAUUUAGCAGGGCGUGUGCUUGAUGUGUCUCAAAGAAUGACGGAAUAAAAGGCUUCCGACUGCCCAAUUCUUUUUCCCGUUGUCCACACGUUCCUGUUCCGUGAAGCGGACCACUACAAACGCGGGAAAUUCGACCUAUACUGCGACGUACGGGCGUCGCAUGCGCUUUCGAAGCACCAAUUGCGACGGCCAGUCGCGGUAACUUGAGAAACACUUUUCGAUUCGUUUACCCAGACAGCGUCACAGCGUUUCACCCAUGCCAGAACGCCUCGUUCAAACUGGAUUGGGCGUUGCGCAAAACAAAAUGCGCGCUCUUCAGCACCAUAGCAACCUCGGGCGCGUACACAACAAGCACCUGGAUCGCUUAGGUGCGAUGCACCGCCGCUGAAAGAGUGAACGAUGGAUAAUUACAAGGCGCUCGGAUGGAUCGGCGAAGGCGCGCACGGUGUGGUUUUGAAGGCUCGGUGCUCCUUGACAGGUAAGGUAGUGGCUGUGAAGAAAAUUCCGCACAGAGCUGCCGACAAUAGCCUGCCGCGUGCGACUCUCAGGGAAAUCAAGGCCAUACAGCAUUUGGAACACGAAAAUGUGGUCAGGCUGCUUGAGGUGAUCGCCAGCAGCAGCGGUGUUCUGCUGGUAUUCGAGCUGCUGUGCUGCAACCUCUCCACGCUGAUUCACAACCCCGAGCGCCCUCUGACCGAGGGCCACGUCAAGUGCUGCAUGCGGAUGCUAUUGUGCGGCUUGGAACACUGCCACAGCAUGGGAAUUCUACACAGGGACCUGAAGCCAACUAACGUGCUGGUGAACAGCGAAGGAAUCUUGAAGCUGGCCGACUUCGGACUCGCCUGUCUGGAUUCGCGGGACCGGGAACACAGCUCUGGCGUUGCUACGAGGUGGUACCGGGCCCCGGAGCUGCUGUACGGAGCCCAACGCUACGGACCCGGCAUUGAUCUCUGGGCCCUGGGAUGCGUGUUCGCCGAGAUGUUGAACGGUUCGCCACUGUUUCGUGGUGAAAGCGACAUCGAGCAGCUGUGCCUCGUGAUAAAAGCACUCGGAACUCCGGAUGAACAAGUCUGGCCGGGCGUGCAGGAGCUGCCCGACUACCACAAGAUCAGCUUCUCGGAGAGCGCCGGCAUUCCCUGGCGCACCCUACUGCCCGACGUGAGCAAGCACGCCAGGGACCUGGCCAGGUCGUUCGUGUGCUACGACCCGGAGAGGAGGGUGACGUGCUCGAAGGCCUUGCUGCAUUCGUUUUUCUGGAGCGAGCCCCUGCCGUGCAGGCCAUCCGAGCUGCCCGUGCCACAGGAUGAUGGACCGCAGUUCGACAUGGACGCGUGCUUCGGCACUUGCAGCCAGGAAGCGUCUCUGGGCUGGUAACAACCUGGUACAGCGUGACGCUCAUGCGCAACCCCUGCGCGGUCAGCGUUACAAGCGUCACCUCCCUCUUUAGAUCACUAUCAUCAUCAUCAGCAUACGAGGAGUGCCGACUUACACGCAUAUGAGGAACACAAGUGGAAUGCCCCAACUGCCUUGCGAUCAACGUUGAUCUCCAACAUCUGAUCUGGUCAUGUCCUGCCACAGCCACCUUCAGGGACAAGCUCACCCGACCUCUAAAGGUGGCAUCGUACGAAGACUGGGUCACACCGCAAGCAGAUGCCACCAGAAGAAUUAACGCUUUGCAGUCCUUUGCAAAGGAAGCAGGCAUCCUUCCUUUCCACCUGGUCCCUUACCCUAUAUAUCUUAGGCCACGGGCCAUCUCUUCUAAUAAAAGUUUCAAUCAACCAAUCUACACGUAUAUGAACUCCCUGCAUCACUGCUAACGCGAGCGAGAGAACGGAACUGUCUAGAGAUAACUUUUGUGUGUGUGUGCGUGUGGCUUCUUAUUGUCGCGCCUAAAACUUCUGUGGGCCUGUAAAAAGUGGCGAUUGGUGAACGAAGCCGACGCCCGUCACAGUGGAAGAGGGGAACGGAGCCGAUACUUUGCGAUCGCAUCGAAGCGCCACACUCACGACCCUCCCCUGCGAUCAGCCUGCCACCGAUGUGAAUGUGAAGGUUUAUGCGUUGCACUGAACGCGGGAGACAGAGCCCGAACUGUUAAAAAGGAAACCUUGUGAUGGCUUUUUGUGGCCAUCGUGUGCCUUAUUCAAAUGCUCGGCGAGAAAUCGGCUUCGAAAGAGCCUCUUAACGUGCGUGUUUUCUUUUCUUCCCUCCGCCCCCUUUUCUCUGCGAUUAUUUCUUGUAUGUAUAGUUUCUUAGCAAAGCAACCGAAAAUAGAACGCGCCUUGCAAAUUUCUUUUUGUGUUCAUAUUUUCAUAAUAAAGUUGAUUUGGAAUGUAUUUUCUGUGAAUGCUAAUAUCGUAAAAGCAGGCUUUCUGCGUAAGCGAAGCUUUCCAAACUUCCUAAAAAAACCGUGGGAUAUAGAAUAUUGUACAGGAUCGCUCAAAUUGAAGCUUUAGGUACAUGUGCCACGAAAUAAAAAAGCAGUAUAGCUGAUCUGCACGCGCGUGCGUGCAGACGACAGCCCUUAAGAUCGCGAUCUACUGUCUCCGGAUUGUGCAAAAAUAGCAAGAGAAAGUGCCCGUGUAUAGAAUCUCCCAAUUCGGGUUGGACUCGACAGCGCUCCAAUGUGCCUGAGUGACAGGGUCCGUAACGCUGAGUGAGCUGAACCAGCUCGAUCCGGAUUGUUGGACCGUGCAAUGGCUACCAUUCUUUAUCACGACCAAAAAAAAAAAAAAAACGAUCCGUAUCCAGUUUCAUCGCGAACGAAAGUGUAAGUCGUUUUGAACCGGUGUGAAUUAGAACGACCGAGCGCCAAAGCUGUUCAACCCGCCGCUGCCCUUUUCUCGCAACACAACUCGCGAAGUUAAGACGCCACACCACUCACCACACCAGUGAGUUGUUUGGUCGGCCAGCCAGGUGGUUGAACGGAC